AUGGGCAGGCUCCCGUUGUUGAGAGGCUUCUUCUUGAAGGAGAUUAAGACAGAGCUGGCCAAGGAACUCAAGGUCGUCGACGCCUUGUAUGCAGCGUGUAACGAGGUCAAGAUUAGCGCGGAGCAAGCGCUUACGUUGAUAACAAUUAUUCGAAAUUAUCGCCAAGCUGAUGCGGACGAGGAGGAGGACGUCAGUGCACUCUUGCGAGACGUCCAUGACGAUUUUGAAGAGAUGCUCGCCUCUGCAGUAGAUCGUUUCCUUGGCUCGUUCAAGAUGUCGCACGAGACCGGCUUGAGUGCUGGUUUUGUCGUCAUUACGCCUAUGGAAUUGCUGACGGAGCAGACCUGCUUUGAUGAGUUCAAGGCCGCUCUGAAGUUUGGGGAACAAGUUCGUAGUUUGGAGGAAGCCGCCACACAACUCGAGGCCAUGUUUUCGUUGGAGAAGAGGAGCAGCUUGCUUCGUGCGAAAAUCUCGGAACGCCAUAAUGCCUUUCUCUCCUCGUUUCACAGGGCCCAUAUCGAGACGCUCACACGAACAGUCAAAGCUGACAAAUGGCAGGAAACUCGUUCACCGAAAGGAGCAUUGCGUCUUUUGGCCUCUCUAGUGGAUGACGGCUCUGGAAAAGAAGAUGCGCAGCUACACGAGAGCGGGAACAGAAUAGAGCAGGCACCAAACGGCGUGCUAGCACCCCAGCCUCGUGACGGACUUGAUGGAACUGUUGUGAUUGGGGAAGCGACAUUUAAGACGGUUACCUCAGGUAUACGCUAUUUGCGAUCCGUUUGCGCAUACACGCUCCUUGCAGAGAAGUCACCACGGCUGGCGUCUGAGAUCGCACGAAAAGCUACGGAGUUUUCACGGCUCUUCAAUUCUCUUGUCGGAAAGGCAAUUCUUGGUGCAGCAGCGCUACAAUGGUCUGGUUUGCGAUCCAUCACCGCUCGACAUUUGUCUCUGGCCUCGCGAACAGUUGCCAUGGCUGCUGCAUUGGCAGACCGCAUCGACAAACCCCUCGCCAAAGCACUAUCGGCGUCCCAAGUUGGUGUAGUACUUCCUCUCAUUCAGAGGGCGGAGAAAGACUUGCGAGACCAUCACGGCCAACUGCUCGCAAAGAUAUUGACGAUUAUGAUGGACCGCCUAGAGGCGCACGAGGCCGUGCUGAAGUCACUUCCAUGGGAAAAGUUUAUGGAAAUGAAGCGCUUUGAUAUGCCUAGUGCAUAUAUCACAACGCUUGUCAAAGAAGCGACUGUGUUGCAUCGCAUAUUGUGGUCAAUUUUACCAACGACGGAGGUUUGCGACAUAUUCACACGUGUUUGUGCUGCGUACGGUAGUCACUUAACAGAAGCGUAUAGCUCACUGGAUGGCGGGAAAGAGUGGGUCCGGUCUCGCGUUGCGGAAGACGUUUCUUGUAUGCAUGACCGCCUGUUGCUGCUGGACGUUUUUAAAACAAAUCCCGACGCAUUCGGACCAGUCCGCAAACUCUACACCCGCUUCGCGAAAGAGCUCCAAGAAUCAGCACCAAACAAGCAAGGAAACAGUAAGACUGGACGAUCGUUUAUUCGUUCACAACAAGACCAAACUGAUAAGCCUUCCGCUGUGAAGCUUUUAAAGCCUGCAGACCGGACCACGGAUGCGACCGAAGAAGCUGCCAAUCAGCCAAAACAUCCACUCUCGUCUAAGGAUAACGCAAACUCUGGAGACUUUCUCACGCCUGCAAAACCUCAAGAUGUGAGUAAGGCAAGCGUAAAAACCGAAGACGCUAGGGAAAGUCCCGGAAAAGCUGGAAUAGCAGAUGGUUCCAUACCUGAUGCACGGGCCGAAGAAAAAGUAGAAGAUGACAAGUUACAGGCACGAAACGAGGAAUCAGAAAACAGUAGUACCAGUGCUGUUGCGGAGCCAGCAAAUAAUUCCUCACCUGAUGCAGGUGUCGAAGAAAAGGUACACCAUAAAGAAUCACAGGCAAGAAACGAGGAUUUAGGAAACAUCAGCAACGGCGUUGCGGAACCAGCUAAAAUAUCUAAUCUGUUGGAUUCCGAGGUACAGAGUGAGGACAAGGGCAUGGUCGCGGGUGAGCAGUUCGGCUCUGACGAUGAAACCCAGACAACGUGCGCGUCUAUUGUCGUAGAUGAAAAACCACUUCCUCAAUCUGCGGGCUCGCCUUCGCAACAUGUCGCGGAAAGUCGUGCUCCGUAUGACGAGUCUGAAUCCAAGUCCAGGACUACAACUCUGUCGGCAGAGCAACGGCAGCUAAACGAGGUAAUGGGACUGCCUGAUGGGGGUGUCUCUGAUGAAACCAAGAUGGAAACUAGAGAGCAAGAAGACGUUACUGAAUUAACGACUAACGAUACAAAGAUCGUCUCUAAUGGCCGGCCUUUAGAACCGUCUCCCGCACAAGUUCCUGAAGGGGACCUACUUGGCCUCGGAGACGAUGAUCCAAACACGGCGGGGCGAUAG